AUGGCAGGCAGCAGAGGACGCGGCCGAGGCAGAGGAGGCCGCGGGAAUGCUACGGCUUUCCAAUCGGGGUCUACAUUGAUGGGCGGACAGUCAUAUCAAGAUGUCAUCGAUUUUUCCUCGCAACCCAUGCUCAGCUCUCUCGCUGCCUAUCCCCCCAUGCACUAUCCGCAACUGCGAGAGCCCACUGAACGAGAAGAAAAGUUAGUAGCAAUUCACGAGGAGCAACUCGAAAUUAUGCAACAGUCUCGAUGGUACAUCAGGCGACCUGAUGCGAACCUCAAAGAGGGUGAUGCCGCGCUGGACACAUAUAGGGCAUUACCGUCCAUCACGGACCCAGAGACCAAGGCAAUGCUCAACCCUGCUUUCUUCCCCGCCGAGCUAUGGGAUGCCCUCUACGAGAAGAAGCCAAAAGCUCGCAUGCCGACGCAACAGAAGCGCGCCAAGUUAGAUCUCGACGCAGCGCUAGCUGAAGACGAAUUAGGUGCAGAUGAAGAAGAGGCGGCAGAAGAGCCUCAGGCGGUAUCAGACGAGGACGAGGAUCCCGAUGCCCUCGAAGAGCCGGACGACUAUGAUAACAACUACUUCCAGACGGGCGAGGAUGAUGACGACGGGGGUGACGAUGACGGAGGCUACGGUAAGCCAUCCUCAUCCGACGCUGUAGAGCACUCAGCUGACCACUUCACAGAGGGCGGCAUCAUGGACUGA